AUGGCGGCGAGCCCGAGCCUGUCCAGGCUGGGGAGCUCCUUCCUCAAGGCAGGGAGCUCCUUCUUCCUCAAGAAGGCCGCCGCCGAGGGCUCGCUGCCGCUCUCCAGGCCAUUGCUUCCGCCCUCGCACUCGCAGCAGUCGCCGUCGCAGCAGCAGCAGCCCGCUGCCGCGCGGGAGUCCACGGACAGCUUGCCGCCGAGGCCACCGGCUCCGCAACAGGUGCCAGCGGAGGCCGCGGUGCAGUCAAGGCCCUCGGCGGCGUGCCUCAAGUCCACUUACAUUGAGCUGCCGCCGCCGUCUUCCAAGUGCAGCAGAGGCCAAUCUGUCAUCAAUGGGCUUAAUGUCCUUUGCGGUGUUGGAAUCCUCACUACGUGCUUCGGAAUCAAACAAGGAGGAUGGCUAAGUGUCCUCCUCCUCCCCUUAUUGGGUGCCUGUUCAUGCUACACCGGUCUGCUUCUCAAGAGGUGCAUAGACAGCUCGCCAACCAUCGAGACAUAUCCAGAUAUAGGACGAGCCGCUUUUGGUAUCUCUGGUCGCAUAUUUGUAUCAGUUGUCCUUUAUCUAGAACUCUACACAUGCUGUGUGGAGUACAUCACACUGCUAGGAGACAGCUUGUCUUCAGUGUUUCCUUCUGCACAUUUAGCUUUUACCGGCAUCUACUUGAACUCUCAUAAUCUCUUCGCCAUAGCGAUGGCUUUGGCAAUUCUCCCAUCAGUCUGGCUCAGAAACCUCAGCCUCCUCUCGUAUCUUUCUGCGGGAGGCGUGGUUGCAACGAUAACAGUCAUGGUUUGCCUGUUUUGGAUUGGUAUUGGGGAAGUUGGGUUCCACCCUUCUGGUACAGCACUCAAUCUGACCCAGCUUCCACUGGCACUUGGCUUGUAUGGCUACUGCUUCUCAGGGCACUCGGUUUUUCCAAAUAUAUACUCAUCGAUGAAGGACCGCUCACAGUUUCCUUUUGUGCUCGUGUUCUGCUUUAUAGUAGUCACAAUUGUGUACACCGGGGUUGCAUGCACGGGAUUUCUGAUGUUCGGCGAGUCCACGAUGUCGCAAUUCACACUGAACAUGCCACAGCAGUAUGUUCCCUCGAAAAUCGCCAUUUGGAUGACGAUUGUGAAUCCAUAUACCAAGUAUGCCCUGACAAUGACACCGGUAGCGUUGUCAAUAGAGGAGGCGCUGCCUAGGAAUAUGAGGAACUACUUAGUCGGAAUGUGUGUUAGGACACUUCUUGUCCUCUCGACAGUUGUCGUGGCUCUGUCAUUUCCAUACUUCGCCUUGGUGAUGGCAUUGCUCGGAUCAGUCUUCACAAUGCUUGUGGCCCUGAUCCUCCCAUGUGCGUGCUACCUCUCAAUCAAGUGGAACUCGGUACCUUUGUGGGAGGUGGUUUUGUGCAUAAUAAUCAUAUUGAUUGGCAUAUGCUCCGCGUGCAUUGGGUCAUACACCUCGAUUCACCAGAUGACAAGCACUUAGGCAGAUAGUAGGGAGUACUAUGUAGUUGUUGCGAUUUUCAAUUUUGGAAUUUCAUGAAACUGGAGAGGGAAAAUUUUCCAUUUGUUGUAGUAUAUUUCUUCUUCUUUUUUACAUAGAGAAGUUGUAAGUUUUACCGUAAUAUGGUACUAUACCUCUUGCUUUUAGGCCCAUGGUAGCACAAAACUCUAGAUCAGGUACAAGUACCGCUCCCUCCUUCUGGAUAUACAAUGCAAAUAUCGUAUGUU